CUUGAACGUGUUGGGACUGCGUGGACGGAUAUCCGUCUCGUGCUUAAACAUGGAUAUGGAGUCUGCCAACUCAAGUAACUACAUAUACGAUUAUGACUACGACAGUAUUAUACAGACAACAUCAUACACGACGGAAAUUGUGGUAAACAGCGUUCUACUAUACAUUGGAGUCUGUACCAACAUAUGGAUGAUCUGGUCUCUCUACAAAUCAUGGAAGACAGGCAGCAGGAUGCAUUUCUACCUCCUUGCCAUUUGUGUUGCUGAUUUGCUGGGCAUGUGCAUCCGAAGCGGUGUCACCAUCGGGGUGUAUGCAACCGUUGUAUGGAGAGGCGGAUAUUACGGAUGUAAACUUUUUACAGGUUUUCAGAUGUUUGGAACUACAAUGUCCCAUCUCAUACUUGCGGGAUUCAAUAUCGAUAACCUUUUCACCAUGAUCUUCAGGCGCUCCAUCAAGGCGUUGCGUAUCGUCUUCCUACUGUUAUCCUUUGUAACUACCUUCAUUAUCAGUGGCGUUAAGGCUUACUUCUACCAGCUUAUAUCUUUGGGGCACAGUAACGAGGCAUAUUAUUGUCAUUUGCAUUCAGCAGUUACUUAUGUGUUAGUACCACUGGCGGAUGCGGUCUAUUUCUUACUCCCAUGUCUAAUGAUGUUAGUUUUUGGGCUCCCAUCUUUGUUUGUGUGGUGCUGUAAAAAAGGAACAGUCAGUGUUGAGAAUAUGACAAGUGAUGAUGACUCCUCCACCGACGUUCAGUUCAUUGGCAGAGAUAUUGGAAUAGUUUUGGCAUACGAUGUGGUAUUCCUCCUCUGCAAUGCUCCGUUCAUUGUGAAUUAUUGGGUCUUUGGAUUCCAUUCAAUAAUAGUCUAUACAGUCUUAGCCUACCUGGAGACUGCAAACCCCUGUCUUAACCCCUUCAUAUAUGCCAUAUUCAGCUGCAUUGGUAGACGGAGGGAAAGAACUUCUCCUGGACUGUAAAGUCACAAUCCCAAACAAUGACCGGAACGAAAAGACGACCGAUGUUUACAUCUCAAAUCUAUUUUCUCCUUGUGGAACGUCUUCUGUAACCAUGAUAUAUAUUUAUUUGGCAUGGACAUUACCUAUUGAGAUAUUCUACACACAUGUAUAUCUUUUUGUAUCAAUGAAGACGUUUGUGUUUUACAGAAAGCAGCCUUAAAAAAUGUAAAACCGCACUCAAUAUUCCAGCCAAGUUGAAUCCUCACUAGAUAAUCCAAUGAGCUACGAUGGCAAGCUUCAUCCAAGUCAGAUUACCCGAUCCCAUUUGUGAUCUCUUACGGAAUAGCUAAUGGCCUAUUCUAACACACUCUAAUACUGGCUUCAAUGAUAUUCGACUAUUAACUCAGUAUUCACAAUCCCAUGGAAUUCUCAGUGUGUUAUGAAACAAACAAUAAAUUGUACUUUGCAUUGUGACAGAAACAUGAUUUGGUGUCUUCCUACAAAUCUGCUUCACAUAGAUAUUCAUAUGUUUACCCUUUCAAACUAUCUGCAGUGUUUGUUGAUGAAAGAUGGCGGAGAUACUGGCCUGUGGAUCCUGGGCCAUCUUGCACAAAAACGGCUGCUUUUAUUGUAAAUACCCGUUCGUAAUAGGUCCCAUGUGUGAGUGUUUUUGACGUAUACAUGACAUGCCCCUUGCUCUCUGUAUAUUGUCUGUAUACUGAAACAUCUGCUGUAUGUCAGCAACGUAAGAUACUAUUAUAAUGUCUCCAUUCAACCUUACGACAAACAGUUAUACAUGUAUGUUCUGAUGCCAUUUUACUGUCUCUAACAACCGUUCUUGGCAAUACAUCUACACGCUUUUGUUUCCUAGCCUAAUUUUGGUAUACAUACCCUCUAUGAACAUAUUCAUCAAUAAAAAGCAGUGUUACACUGUUGAAAACACAUACAGUACAUAUGUUAGUAGCGACCACGUGUAGCAUACAGAUACUCGAAAAUCGGUGAUUGUAUUUCGUUUCAGUUAGCCUGUCAAACAGAUUUUAUCUUUCCAUUGAUAGUUAUAUAUUCUUCAAAGUUUUGUCAUUUUCUUUAAUUCAAGAAUAUGCAUGGUCAUGCUUUGUUGCAACUAUGAAUGCAGUUUUACAAAGGUGUCAGAAUUAUUUAUUUCUUUAUUUUGCUUCAAGUUCUUCUGAAAAAUAAACAUGCAUAGUUA